CAGGCUCACCGGAGCAUGGCGGGCGCGCGGGGCGCGCGACGUGGGGCGGCUACGCAGUCGCGGCCCGGGAAGCGGCCCGCGGAGCCAGACCCGGAGCCCGAGCGGGAGUCGGAGCGGGAGCAGGAGGAGCCCUCUUUCUGCAGCCCUGCUCCUAGUCACAUCGAUACCAGUGACUCUGGCCUCUCUAACAGCGAGGAGAGCGUGUUCUCUGGCCUAGAAGAUUCUGGCAGUGACAACGACAGUGAGGAUGGGGCCAACAGUGAUGAAGGUCAUGUCGGGACGGGGAGGACCAUUGAGAAGCAGUCACAGGCUGGCACCCCUUCGCCAAGGACAGAGGCCACGGAUGACGAGUACGCGGAGGAUAGCUCUGAUGAGGAGGACAUCCGGAACACUGUGGGCAAUGUGCCCCUGGAGUGGUACGCAGACUUCCCCCACGUGGGCUAUGACCUGGAUGGCCGGCGCAUCUAUAAGCCCCUGCGUACCCGCGAUGAGCUUGACCAGUUCCUGGACAAGAUGGAUGACCCAAACUACUGGCGCACGGUGCAGGACCGAGCGACAGGCAGGGAGGUGCAGCUGACCGACGAACAGGUGGCCCUGGUGCGGCGGCUGCAGAGGGGCCAGUUCGGGGACGUGAGCUUCGACCCUUAUGAGCCGGCUGUGGACUUCUUCAGCGGGGACCUCAUGAUCCACCCGGUGACCAACCGCCCUGCCGACAAGCGCAGCUUCAUCCCAUCGCUCGUGGAGAAGGAGAAGGUCUCUAGGAUGGUGCACGCCAUCAAGAUGGGCUGGAUCCAGCCUCGCCGGCCCCGUGACCCAGCCCCCAGCUACUACGACCUGUGGGCCCAGGAGGACCCCAAUGCUGUCCUGGGGCGUCACAAGAUGCACGUGCCCGCCCCCAAGCUGGCCCUGCCCGGUCACGCUGAGUCGUACAACCCCCCUCCUGAGUACCUGCCCAGUGAAGAGGAGCGCCUUGCAUGGGAACGGCAGGAGCCUGGGGAGGGAAAGCUUGACUUCCUGCCGCACAAGUUCCCGAGCCUGCGGGCUGUGCCUGCCUACAGCCGCUUCAUCCAGGAACGCUUUGAGCGCUGCCUCGACCUCUAUCUGUGUCCUCGACAGCGCAAGAUGCGGGUGAACGUGGACCCCGAAGACCUCAUCCCCAAACUGCCUAGGCCAAGGGACCUGCAGCCCUUCCCUACCUGCCAGGCACUGGUCUACAGGGGCCACAGUGACCUGGUCCGCUGUCUCAGUGUUUCCCCGGGGGGCCAGUGGCUGGCAUCAGGUUCAGACGACGGAUCAGUACGGCUCUGGGAGGUGGCCAGUGCCCGCUGCAUGAAAACGGUGCCCGUGGGGGCCGUGGUGAAGAGUAUCACCUGGAACCCCAACCCUGCCGUCUGCCUGGUGGCUGUGGCCGUGGAGGAUGCUGUGCUACUGCUGAACCCAGCCCUCGGGGACCGGCUAGUGGCAGACGGCACCGAUCAGCUGCUCAGUGCCUUCUGCCCGCCUGAGGAGCCAGCCCUGCAGCCUGCCCAGUGGCUGGAGGCCGCCGAGGAGGAGCGCCAGGGUGGCCUGCGUCUGCGUAUCUGCCACGGGAAGCCAGUGACACAGGUGGCCUGGCAUGGGCGUGGGGACUACCUGGCUGUGGUGCUGGCAACCCAGGGCCACACGCAGGUGCUGAUCCACCAGCUGAGCCGGCGCCGCAGCCAGAGCCCUUUCCGCCGCAGCCACGGCCAGGUGCAGCGUGUGGCCUUCCACCCCUCCCGGCCCUUCCUGCUGGUGGCCUCCCAGCGCAGCAUCCGCCUCUACCACCUGCUGCGCCAGGAGCUCACGAAGAAGCUGAUGCCCAACUGCAAGUGGGUGUCCAGCCUUGCUGUGCACCCAGCAGGUGACAACAUCAUAUGUGGCAGCUACGACAGCAAGUUGGUCUGGUUUGAUCUAGAUCUCUCUACCCGGCCCUACAAAGUGCUGAGGCACCACAAGAAGGCCCUGCGGGCCGUGGCCUUCCACCCCCGGUACCCGCUCUUUGCAUCGGGCUCUGACGAUGGCAGUGUCAUUGUCUGUCACGGCAUGGUGUACAACGACUUGCUGCAGAACCCGCUGCUGGUACCUGUGAAGGUGCUGAAAGGCCAUGUGCUGACCCGAGGCCUGGGCGUGCUUGACGUGGCCUUCCACCCUACCCAGCCCUGGCUCUUCUCCUCAGGCGCUGACGGCACCCUCCGCCUCUUUACUUAGCACCCAGCCCAGCGCUCCGUGGGCGGGGUUGGGGGGGGAAAUACAGCUGUUUGUCACCGCUGCCUAUGUGUAGACCCUUCACUCAAGGCCCUGAACCUUCCCACGUGGGAUCGUUGCAGCCCCAGAAGA